AUUUAACUGCCUUAAAGUCAGACGAAACAGCCGUGGGAGAGCUUACCAUGAUACCUCAGAGGCUCCUCAGAGGCUCUGAAUAUCUUAUUAUUCAUGUCUCAUGUUCUCAUGGAUUGAUGGAUUAAUGUGGACCUAUCCCACAGAAGCAAAAUGGUGCCAGUUAGGAGUCCAGAGGAGUAACUUCAGUCAGCAGAAACGUUUCUGCAUCUGGGAAUGUCCAGCAUUUUCUUCUACAGCUGUUUGAAUAUUUUGUGCAGGAUGAUAAGCUGUUUGACUUGUUUAGUCGUCUUCAGCCUUUUUGUGUCUCAGUGCAAUGGAGGUUGUGCUGAGGUGGACUCGCUGACGGAAGCCGUGGCAGGAAAAGGAUUCUUGCUCGGCUGCAUUUCCUGUAAGAAACGCGAGGAAGUUUCUGCCCGAGCCACUGUGGACUGGUACUUUAAGCCCCUGGAAGAGGAAGAGUUCAGACAUAUUUUCCACUAUGACCACCCCACAGCCAUCGUCCACCAUGAAGACUUCAGCGAGCGUCUUCAGUGGAAGGGAACCCUGAAUGACGACGUUCAGAUCGGGGCCGUUUACAUCCAGAAUGUCACUUUCAACGACUCAGGGACGUACCGCUGCACCUUCCACCGCACCCUCUUCCUGCUGCUGCAGAAUGAGAAGGUGGUGGUGGAGAAGGAGGUGGAGCUCACUGUGGUGGCUGUAGCCAAUCGAGAGCUGACGGCUGUGAUCGCAGAGAUAGUGAUGUACGUCCUGAUUGUGGUUCUGCAGCUGUGGCUCGUCGUCGUCAUGGUCUACUGCUACAAGAAGAUCUGGGACGACCAUGAAGCUCGAGAAGCAAGGAAAGCUCUCAAAGCAGAGGGACCACUUUUGGGGUCAAAGGACAACUGUGACGGGGUGCAGGCAGAGUAACACCAGCUGCGUCUCUGAUCGUGACUGAAAUGUCUAAAGAAACAUCAGAUUCUUCGCUGCUGUCUGUGUUGUCAGCCAUUGUAGCCGAUGGUCAGUUCCCUUUCACGUCAUUAAAGAGCGCAACAAAACUGCAA